AUGAAAGACCUAAAGCUAUACAAAUAUUCAUUACUUCAACAUGAUUUACCAUUAAUUGCCGAAAAUUGCAUAAUCAGAAACAUUUCUUCAUACCUUCCUUGGACAAGCAUGAUGAAAGACCCGAUUGUCGUGAAUAUUACUGAUGUUCGCUUUUAUAUCAAAUCAUUAUUUGGUGAUAAAGAUGAAAUGCCGCAUCAUAGCGUUUUAAAAGAAAUUAGGGAGCAUCAAUUACUUGCUCAUGAGCAAUAUAAAACUCAAGUUGGUCGACUUUUGAUGUUAAUAUCACCUAAAAAUAUAAAAAGCAUGCUUUUCGGUUUUGUUUCGCAGAUGAAAAUCAAAAUAGAACGUAUUAACAUUGUCAUUGCAAUUGGAGAUUAUCAUUUAGGAAUUUUAAUUAAAGAAAUCGAAAUUACUGAUCCUGUUCAGAAGAUCGAUAAGACCACCAGGUUAGUCAAGCUUAAUGGGAUAAGCGCUUACCUUGAUAAAAAUGAAGAAUUGAUCAACACAACAGAAAAUGCAAUUUUCAUUCAGCAAAUGAACAACAUUUACAACGAAAAUCAUAAUUUUAUCAUCAAAGACUUUUCAACAGAAGCCAUUGCAACUAUUGAUUCCCAAUUAGAACUCUCAAUUAACAUUGAUGAAAUAAAUUGUGAAAUUCUUCCAUGGCAAAUCGAAUUUUUAAUACAUACAGCAUCUAAUAUACCAAGAUUCAUGCCAUAUAUUACUACAAGGAACAUGACUUCCGAUGAUAAUUUGGAUGAAAAAGGAUUAUGGAAAUUUAUUCACAAAGCAGCGACCAAUAUCUCAUCACCAAAGACAUUUAUUGACAAAUUCAAAGAAAUGAAGGAAUAUUUGCAAAAUUACAAAGAUUCUAAAAAUAGAAACGAAAAUAUUCAAAAAUUAGAUCAUUCUUUAGACUACAACACAAUUGUUUUGUAUAGGAUGUUAGCGGAAGCAAAGAAAGGAGACAGAAAACUCACAAAAGAUCAGUUAGAAAAAGUAUUUUUGUUAGUUGACACAGAUGCGCAAAUUUACUUGCCAAAUUUGUUAUUUACGUCACCUGUACAUGCUGAAAUUGGUCAGGUCAACUUAAAAGUCGCAGAUUUCCUUUGUAUUUUGAAUAAUUUAUCAUUUUCCAUGGAAAACAAGUCGAACGUUCAAGUAAUCGAAGGCGGAUUCAACUCAAUCCAACUUAAGCGCAAGGUUGGAAAGAUCUACACCCCUUUCUUUGAGAGUAUUGAAAACGGUAGAAAAGAUUUCAAUUUUAAUUUGGCACUUUUUUGUCAAAAUUGUUUACAAAAGAACAAAAAUGAGAUUGCAUUAUCAUGUUCGGCUUCCAAUUAUGUCAUUAACCUGAGGCAUUUAUCAGAAUUAGUUAUUGACGCUUCUUUUAUUGAUUCCAUCGUUUCAUUUGUAACAGAAGUAUCGAAACUGAGGUUUGAGAUACCAAAUCUAUCUGUUUAUUUGUCUCCAUUUGAGAUGGUCAUUCACAAUGGAACAAAUGUUCAUUUGACUUUUGAAUGCGAAGGAGGAAUCACUUCCACAUACAAAUCAGACAUUUUGUUAAUGGAAUUGAAGUCUGGUCGUGUUAAAUUUGGCGAUGAAAAGGAUAUUUUGCUCGCAGAAAAUGUUUUUCUUGAUUUGAUGCUGAAAGAUAAGAAUUUAUCCAUCAAUUUGCAGCCACCUGUUAUAUAUAUUGAACUCGCUGAUAUCGCAAAACUACUUGAAAUCGUUCCUGAAAUGCCAAAAAUAAGAGGAGUUGGAAAAUGUAAAUUCAUUGAUUUGUUGAAUGUUAUUCCUGAGUUCAGCUUUUCUUUACAUGUUCCUGACUUCUUCGCUGUUGUUGGUUUCCCUCUAACAACUGAAAAAAUCAAAGUUAAUAUAAAAUCUCUGGAUUUCGAUGGAAACUUUAAUGAACUGAAGAGUGCAGCCUUCCUAAAGCUGAAAAUGGACUUCAAAGGUAUCUCCUUUGCUGGAGAAAUCUUUGAUAAACAUUAA